CGGCGGCGAGCGGCGGCCCGCGAGGCCCCGGAGGCGGCGGCCGAGGCCCAGGCGGCGGCGGCGGCGGACGGGAGCGGCGGGAGCAGGCCCGGCCCGGCCCUCGAGCGGUCGCCCGGCUGCAGCAUGCGCGCCCGCCGGGGGCUGCUGCGGCUGCCGCGCCGCUCGCUGCUCGCCGCGCUCUUCUUCUUCUCGCUGUCGUCCUCGCUGCUCUACUUCGUCUAUGUGGCGCCCGGCAUAGUGAACACCUACUUCUUCAUGAUGCAGGCUCAAGGCAUCCUGCUGCGGGACAACGUGAGGACCAUUGGUGCCCAGGUGUAUGAGCAGGUGGUUCGCAGCGCGUAUGCCAAGAGAAACAGCAGCCUCAACGACUCAGAUUACCCUCUGGACCUGAACCACAGCGAGUCCUUCCUCCAGACCACAACGUUCCUUCCCGAAGACUUCACCUACUUCUCGAACCACCCCUGCCCGGAGAGGCUCCCUUCCAUGAAGGGCCCAAUAGACAUAAAUAUGAGUGAAAUCGCAAUGGACGACAUUCACGAACUCUUCUCCAGAGACCCAACCAUCAAGCUUGGCGGUCACUGGCAGCCUUCUGACUGCCUGCCUCGAUGGAAGGUGGCCAUCCUUGUCCCCUUCCGGAACCGUCACGAGCACCUCCCCGUCCUGCUCAGACACCUGAUCCCCAUGCUCCAGCGCCAGCGCCUGCAGUUUGCAUUUUAUGUGGUUGAGCAAGUUGGCACUCAACCCUUUAAUCGAGCCAUGCUUUUCAACGUUGGUUUUCGAGAAGCAAUGAAGGACUUGGAUUGGGACUGUCUGAUUUUUCACGAUGUGGAUCAUAUACCAGAAAGUGAUCGCAACUAUUAUGGGUGUGGACAGAUGCCCAGGCACUUUGCAACUAAAUUGGAUAAGUAUAUGUAUCUGCUUCCGUAUGCUGAGUUCUUCGGGGGAGUGAGUGGCUUAACGGUGGAACAGUUUCGGAAAAUCAAUGGCUUUCCUAACGCCUUCUGGGGCUGGGGCGGAGAAGAUGAUGACCUCUGGAACAGAGUACAGAAUGCAGGCUAUUCUGUGAGCCGGCCCGAUGGUGACACAGGGAAAUACAAGUCCAUUCCUCAUCACCACAGAGGAGAAGUCCAGUUUCUUGGAAGGUACGCCCUGCUGAGGAAGUCCAAGGAGCGGCAGGGGCUGGACGGCCUCAACAACCUCAACUACUUCGCGAACGUCACGUACGACGCCCUGUAUAAGAACAUCACUGUCAACUUGACCCCCGAGCUGGCUCAGGUGAAUGAGCACUGAGCGUGCGUGGGGUCUCCACGGGAGAGACCAGAACACAGGCUGGCGGAGGACCGCAGGGUUCCAGGAGAGCUGUGACACCGUACACGCACAAACGCCUUCACUGUAGGACCCGCUGGGACCGAGGGGUCAUCUGGACACCCUCGUCAGUACUGGCUUUUCGUUUCCACAAGACAGACGUCUGUCCUGCUGCUGUCCCCAUCUCCCCACCUAGCGUCCCGUCUCACCACACUCCCCAGCACCCGCGACCGGCCGGAGCGGCUCCAGCUGGCAGCUGCGCGCCGGGGAGCCGAGAGGACCCCACGCCAUUCUUCACAUCUCUGGUGUUCUCUUUGGUUUCAUUUUUUUAAAAAUGACCUGCUUUGGGUGGGGAUUGAGGGUGGAAGGGGGGGAUUUGGGGACGAUAAAUAGACAUAAAUAUGUAACAGUCACUUCUUGAAGAAGUAUAAUUGUAAAUAAGCCAUGUAAAAUGCCUUUUUUAAAUUUAAUUUUAUAGCUGGCUCCAAUUCAAAGUGAAGAUUUGUACAUUAGAUCACUUACUUGGUUGGCAAAUGCAGGAACUCAGUUAAAAUGCAAUUGAAGAAUAUCAUCUCCCAAAUCACUGUCUCUUUGAAAGGGAGUGGAUACAGAACUUGUCCUGGACCGCGUGGACCCCCUUCCUCCCCGGAAGCCCACCUCUUUCUUCCCACCCUCCCCUCCGCUCCCCUCCUGCAGGAGUCUCGCUCCUGCCUUCUGCUGUAUGCCCCCGCCCCCCUGCGGCCAGUGCCAGACGGGAGGCCCCGAUGUGGGGCACACUGCGGUCCCUGCCCACAGCUGACCCCGGUGCUCCCUGUGUGGGAGCAGCUCUCUGGACUUGAGCUUUUGUCCCGUCUCCUGUGGGACUUGGCCCAGUGUCUGAGAGCUGUGCCUAAAUGACCAGCUGGCUUCAGGGAUUCCUGCUUCCCUUUUGGUUUCUGGAAAGAUCAUUCGUGCACAGCUACUUUGUCGUGUGCUCCGUGGAAGCGAGGAGCAGUUGCUGUGGGAGGGGUUCAGCCCAGGGUGCAGGCGACGCUUGUGUGCUGUGGGUCAGCUCGGCUCCAGUGAGACCACAUCAGAGCUUUGAUGUUUAGACUAGCAGAGCCCCACGUUUCUGAAGUCAGAUUCUAAAUUGCAUUUGAAUUUGUGCCUCUUUGUUUUUCCCUGAGCCAAUGCCCUCAGUUUGUAUUUCUGGCCACUUCUGCAGGAUUCUAGAAAAUGCCAGGUUUUUCCUCUUCUCCUUUUCCAUAAAACAUAUUUAUAUAUUGUGAUUAGGAGUGCUUUCUGAAGAGUGCUUCAUAUUUUUUUUAAUUGCCUUGUUUGCCUUCAACUUCUUGAUUUCCAUGGUUUACAUGGGUGUGUGUAGGGGCGUGUGUAUCUGUGUGCAUUGAGUUUUUCCUGUUGCAUGUGUUGGUUCCAUGGACAUAUGAUCCCCACACGCUGUGGGAGUGAUUGGCCAGGCCUUGUUUUUUGUUCGUGUGCUUGUUCUUUUGAAGAACAGAGUGGUAUUUAGGAAAUAAAUCGCAUUGCUGUGCUCUUAUCGGCUCAUAUGAGAGAGCAGAUCCUGCCCUUGACCGUGCUGGUAAGUUGUAUCAUACAUUUUAAAAGAGUUGUGAGCAUUUCAUGCUUUCAAACACCUUCACGAGAGAACAUCACCCGGAGAAGUUUCUCUAGUUUCUUUUGUCUUAUGGUGCAUAUAGCAAUAAAGACUCCUUCACCCUCACUGGGCCAGCCUGGGCGCUUCUGCCACACCCUUCUCUCUCGUCACUGAAGGCUGUGAGCUGCUUUCGUUGUGACAGAGCUGUGGUGUCCUUUGGAAGGAUUUGCCAGGACAGGCUCGCUCUGGAUCAGGGACGUCUGACCCAGGGCGUGCAGCAGCGCCACGAGCUGGUGAUCGCGUUGGAAGCUCGGCGUUAGUGUCAGUGUUGCCAGGCGCUGCUGCCAGCUGAAGGCUGAUGCAUGAUUUAAUCACGGAAAUGCUGAUUUGAGGGUAAAAGGAAAGGUUUGUUUUCACUGCUUAAAGUAGAGUCACUUACGCCCUCUUGCAAUCAUGCCUAAGUUUGUUUUAUUAGUAUGGAGUCUCCUAAUGUGCCCUGUUAAUCGUGUACCCACCAAUUUGAAUAUUGUAUGGAAAAUGUAAUAGUUCAGGCAUAGCCAUGCAGAUGUGCUAUUCAUGGGAUGAAAUUUUCAUGUUUAGAAAAAAAAUAAGAACCAAGUGUGACCUUGGACGUAUUUUGGCAGCUGAAAUUCUUCAAGGCUACUGACAGGUAACCCCUUAAACCAACCUAGUUUUUUAUCACUAUGUGCAAGAAAGGUUCCCCCUUUCAUGCUGGUUUUUAGGGGAGGUGAUCUUGCAGAAACACUCUUGGUGACGUAACAGGACUCUUUUGUCAGAGCUCCUCCACCAGACAUUAGUAGCUGAAUAACAGCCACAUGCAGGGAUCGUGUCCACCACCACCGUUACAAUGGCAUUGGACGUAGCUGGCUUAUUUCCAUCACUACUUGUUUUGAGCUUGCUCUUAUGUUUUAAGAGGUGCCAGGGGUACAUUUUUGCACUGAAAUCUAAAGAUGUUUUAAAAACACUUUUCACAAAAAAUAGUCCUUUAUCAUUACAUUAUUUACUCAUGUGUUUGUACAUUUUUGUAUGUUAAUUUAUGAAUGAUUUUUUCAGUAAAAGAUACGUAUUCAAGAACCAAA